AACCCACCAAAAGCAAUUCAUAAGUGAGCACUGAAAAUUCCAUAUUUUGGUCCCAUUAAUUUUAAACCCUUGUAGCUAUGGUCCCCAAGAAGGCAGUGCUGCUUUCAAAUUCUUUUCUUUCAUACACCAUCUUCUUUUUCCUCAUCUUCUUCUUUUUGGAGGUCACUGUCAUCCAUGGCAAACCUCAUCAAUUCUCCAGAGUUUUAAGUCCAGCUUCUCUAGGACUUAAGGAAGGGAAGUUAACUCAGCUUCAGGUAUACUGGCAUGAUAUUGUUAGUGGGAGUAACCCAUCAGCGAUCCGAGUCGCCGCCGCGCCUCAGACAAACACAUCGCCCACCGGGUUCGGUGCCUUGAUGAUGAUCGAUGAUCCCUUAACAGAAGGUCCAGAGAUGAGUUCUAAGCUUGUUGGAAGAGCACAGGGGUUCUACUCCUCUGCUUCACAAAGUGAGGUUGGCUUGUUAAUGGCCAUGAACUUUGCCUUCACGGAUGGGAAGUACAAUGGGAGCACAAUAACAAUAUUAGGGAGAAACACUGUGUUCUCAAAGGAGAGAGAGAUGCCGGUGAUCGGAGGGAGUGGACUAUUCCGGUUUGCUCGGGGUUUCGCAAAGGUCAAGACUCAUAAAUUCGACGCUGCAACAGGAGAUGCUACCACUGAGUAUAAUAUCCAUGUUUACCAUUAUUAAUUGAUGUAUUUGCUUUGUUUAGCUCUCUCAGCUUUUUCAGAGGAAGAGCUGUUUACUGUGGUUGUAGUAGACCUAUACAUAGAUUGCAAAAAAUGAUAUAAUUUAGUAUUUUUGGAUUGAAAUUAAAGGUGGCCCUUUUGGUGAUUAA